UCGGAUUGACAAGUUUUGGCGCCAACGCAAUCCAAACGAUGUUGCACAUUCAACACAAACAUUACAAUUAGCUUAUUUAAAAUGGAAGGGUUUGACGAAGCUGGGGUGUUUUUCUCCGACAAUUUCGGAGGAGAAAAUCAUCAAGAUGGAUCGCAAGUUAAUAUGCAAGCUGUAAAAAAGAAGUAUAAAGAAUUUCUGCGCACUUUCAGUGAGGAUAACUUCUUUUAUAAAUACAGAGAUACUUUGAAACGCAAUUAUUUAAAUGGAAGGUAUUUUCUUGAGGUUGAAAUGGAAGAUUUAACUGGUUUCGACGAAGUUUUAGCAGACAAACUGUACAAGCAGCCAACGGAACAUUUGCAAAUUUUCGAAGAAGCAGCUAGAGAAUUUGCUGAUGAGAUAACGUCACCUCGGCCAGAACAUGAGGAAAAUUUGCAUGAUAUACAAAUAUUACUCUCUUCUCAAGCCAACCCCACUAAUGUGCGAGAAUUGAAGUCUGAUAGUGUGUCUAAGUUGGUAAAAAUUGCUGGAAUUAUCGUGUCAGCAUCGGGUAUUAAAGCAAAAGCAACUCGAAUGUCAAUUAUGUGUCAGUCUUGCAGCACUGUUAUUCCUAAUUUAAAAGUAAAUCCCGGUUUGGAAGGAUUUUCUCUACCGCGUAAAUGCACAUCUGAACAGGCUGGACGGCCAAAAUGUCCGUUGGAUCCAUUUUUUAUAAUGCCUGAUAAAUGUAAAUGUGUUGAUUUUCAACUUUUAAAACUACAAGAGUUACCAGACUUUGUACCGCAGGGUGAAAUACCUCGUCACUUACAAUUAUUUUGUGAAAGGUCUUUGUGUGAACGUGUGGUGCCUGGAAAUCGAGCUCUCAUCCAAGGCAUUUAUUCAAUUAGGAAAGUUGGAAAGCCAUCUCGACAAGAUGGUCGCGAGAAAGCUGUUGUAGGAGUUCGCGCUCCUUAUAUGCGUGUUGUGGGAAUAAAAGUAGAUUCAGAAGGAUCUGGUGCUAUAUCACGCUAUAGUCACGUCACGGUUGAGGAAGAAGAAACUUUUCGUAGAAUGGCUGCUUCUCCCGAUAUAUAUGAGCGUUUAUCAAAAUCUCUAGCCCCUAGUAUAUUUGGUUCUGAAGACAUUAAGAAAGCGAUAACUUGUAUGUUAUUUGGAGGGUCCAGAAAACGUUUACCUGAUGGCCUAUGUAGGCGUGGAGAUAUCAACGUUUUGCUAUUGGGUGACCCUGGUACUGCAAAGUCUCAACUAUUAAAAUUUGUUGAAAAAGUUGCCCCAAUUGGAGUGUACACUUCUGGGAAAGGAUCUAGUGCUGCCGGGUUGACUGCUUCUGUUAUAAAAGAUCCUUCUACGCGAAACUUUAUAAUGGAAGGAGGAGCGAUGGUUCUCGCUGAUGGCGGAGUUGUUUGUAUAGAUGAAUUCGACAAAAUGCGUGAAGAUGAUCGUGUUGCUAUACAUGAAGCCAUGGAACAGCAAACAAUUUCUAUAGCUAAAGCAGGAAUAACUACAACACUCAAUUCACGCUGUUCCGUUUUAGCCGCUGCAAAUUCAAUUUUUGGUCGAUGGGAUGAAGCCAAAGGAGAAGAGAACAUUGAUUUCAUGCCAACAAUAUUAUCUCGCUUUGAUAUGAUUUUUAUUGUUAAAGACAUACAUGAUGAAUCUAGAGAUAUUACAAUGGCAAAGCAUAUAAUUAAUGUUCAUCUGUCGUCCAAUAAGAACACUCCAGUUGAACGCUCAGAAGGAGAGAUUUCAUUAACAAUCUUUAAAAAAUAUAUUCAUUAUUGUCGCACACAUUGUGGACCACGCUUAAGUGAAGAAGCAGGGGAAAAACUGAAAAGUCGAUAUGUAUUGAUGCGUAGUGGAGCAGGGCAACAAGAAAAAUCUGCUGACAAACGUUUGAGUAUUCCAAUUACUGUUCGCCAGUUAGAAGCAAUUAUUCGGAUCUCCGAGUCUUUGGCAAAAAUGAGACUACUUCCUUUCGCCACAGAUGAACAUGUGAAUGAAGCACUUAGGCUAUUUCAAGUUUCGACGUUAGACGCUGCAAUGACUGGUAGUUUGGCUGGUGUGGAAGGAUUCGCUACAGAAGAAGACCAGGAAAUAUUAAAUCGGAUCGAAAAGCAAUUAAAACGACGCUUUGCAAUUGGUUCACAAGUAUCUGAACAAAAUGUGGUUCAGGACUUUCUUCGGCAGAAAUAUGAUGAGAGAGCUAUUUUGAAAGUAAUACAUACAAUGAUAAGACGAGGUGAAUUACAACAUCGAAUGCAACGCAAAAUGCUAUAUCGAUUAUGUUAACUUUUAAUUAAUUUUUGAAAACCAAAUUUGAAUUUUUCAUAAUAUUGGCCUGAAUUUCGACUUUGUUUGUUGCUUUGCAUCGUUGCAAUUCCGAUGUCAAAUUACGCUUCUACUUUGUAUGGAUUUUGUCAUUUAAAAAUUUGAGCAGAGGGAUUCUAGCUUUUUUAGAAACUCAAUGCUUCGUAUUGAUAUAAAGCAAUAUGCAAUUUGGAACUCAGCUUUGCUGUUACAAAAUUGUUAUUAUUAUAAACUGCUACCACUAUGAUUUCAUACAACUUUAAGGUUCGAUCAAUGAUUAUUUAAAUAAAAGUCAACCACUAAAAA